ACAAAUUCCGGAACUAUAGUGUUUGUUCCUACCCGAGUUACAAAACGUGGUGCACCGUCAAUGCUAAUGUUUUUCACCUUCGUUUCAUUGCUGUCGAUUCCUGUUUUAAUUACCAAUGGUCUGACAUAAGCAGGGAGAGAUGCUGUUCAAAGAUCUUCCCAGGGAGGCCCUGAUGCGGCCAUUGUCCAGGAAUGAAGUGGUGGGGAUGCUGGUGAGGUUGACCAUCUUUGGUGCAGCCACAUACUACAGCAUCAAAUGGGUUGUAGAAGCUAUGGAUCCUACCUUCAAACAGAAAAACCAAGCCAAGAAAAGGGCCGAACAGCUGAUGAAGAGGAUUGGCGUGGAGGGGGUCAAACUAACAGAGUAUGAAAUGAACAUUGCAUCUCACCUCGUUGAUCCACAAACUAUGAAGGUGUCCUGGAGAGAUAUAGCAGGUCUGGAUGAGGUUAUCAAUGAGCUGCAAGACACGGUCAUUCUUCCCUUUCAGAAAAGACACCUUUUAGCUGGAUCCAAACUCUUUCAGCCCCCUAAAGGCGUUUUAUUAUUUGGUCCUCCAGGAUGUGGGAAGACCAUGAUCGCCAAGGCAACAGCCAAAGCCUCAGGGUGCAAAUUUAUCAACCUUCAGGCCUCCACACUGACAGACAUGUGGUACGGUGAAUCGCAGAAACUGACUGCUGCUGUCUUCUCAUUGGCUGUCAAAAUCCAGCCCUGUAUCAUCUUCAUUGAUGAAAUUGAGUCAUUUCUAAGGAAUCGCUCCAGCCUAGACCACGAGGCCACAGCCAUGAUGAAGGCCCAGUUCAUGAGCCUGUGGGAUGGCCUGGACACUUCCUCAACCACCCAGGUGAUGGUGAUGGGAGCUACAAACAGGCCACAGGAUGUGGAUCCAGCCAUUCUGCGCAGGAUGCCCACCACUUUUCAUGUUGGCCUGCCAAACACAAGACAAAGACAGGACAUCCUCAGGCUGAUUUUAGCAGGAGAAAACUUGAGCAACGCCAUUAAUCUGAAGGAGAUAGCAGAGAAGACAGAAGGCUACUCUGGCAGUGACCUGCGGGAGCUGUGCCGCGAUGCUGCCAUGUACCGAGUCCGGGACUACGUCCGCAAGGAGCAGAUGAGGCAGAUCGCUCAGCAGCUACAGGACUGCCAGGAGGAGGAAAAACCUGUGGAUGAGGAGCGGUUGCGGCCGGUCACUCAGCUGGACCUCCUCUUCGGCCUGGACAAGAUGAAGGAAUCUAAGCGGGCCACAGCCUCCAUGUUACCCAGUGUGGCAGAGGUUCCCCUGGACUAAACACCAGCACCACACCACUGGCGGGAAAUGUUGUCUUCUCACACAUGUUCACAGAGUGUUCCAGCUCACCAAGCAGAGACUCCUUCACCAUGUCUGAGGUGCAGUUGGGCAAGUCAGCAGACAGCAAGAUAGCCAUAUUUUUCCUAAGCUUUAUUUAUCCAGGCAGAGUGUGUCCUGAGCAUGUUCAUUUUUAGGACAGCCCCACUCCAUGUGUUACAAGGCAGUCAGAAAUCUACAGUCUCCUCUUCCUGACCACUGACAGCAAUUUACUGUCAGUGCCUUGCUCAAGGGCAUCUGUCUGAAAUUACAGCCAGUAAUACAAGCGACUCUACUACACCACUCUACAGUUUCAUAUACCACUUGACGACUGACUUGCACAUGAUCGUGACCAGGGUUAAAGCGCAAUGACUCACGUGUCAUGAGUCAGUCAAAGCCUGGACCUCCAGAUCAGUGUCAUCCUUUGAUGUUUGCUGCUUAAUUAUCACUCCUAUAAUUCUUUUUUGGGCAAAAACAUGUUUGAAUGAAAAAGAAUUGAAAGACUUUAUCACUCUAAGGUGAUAUUAUCCAAGCACUUUGGAGGAAGUGAUUCAGCUGAUCCUGGUGGUCCUAAGUCUUGUUACACUAUGUUCUCUGCAAAUGUUGUAUGACAGCAAAUUACUCAGCAGUGAAUUUCAGUAAUAUCACUUUUCCAAAUAACAAGGUGUUUAGCAAAAAAUUUGCUUUCUAUUUCCGGGAAUAUCACUAUCCACUUGGAGUAUUUGUCAUUAUGAAUGUAUUACUCUUUAUAAAUGUCAGAUUAAGUUUGAAUAUUCGAAAACCACUCUACUGUUGUCUUCUGAAUCUGCUGAAGUGAUGGGUGCUUUCUCCCAUUGGAUAUUCUGGUACUGGUUGGAUUUUCUGAAGAACUGACAAAAAAUUUAAUGUAAUUACUAUUUGCUGUCCAUUAACAGUUUUUAAAAAUAUGUUUAAGAGGAUGCAUUUAGCCAGGGUGAGGUUGUAUCUGCAGUAAUGUGAAACUCAUUAUAUAAUGAGUUACUGCUCCCAAGGAGCAUUAAUUCAAAAUGUUUCUUUUGAAAUUACAAUAACAUCCAAUAGUUAAAUUUAUGUCUGUAGUCAUGAGGUCAACACUGCUGUGGAUGCUGUCACAAUCAAGUUGGCAUUGGCUCUGAAGGGCCAAUAGCAGUGCAGCCUGUAUGCAGUUAUUUUCCAGAGCUGUCAGUCAAUAGACAAAAGCAGAUAACAAAACAAUCACAUGUCAAGUGGAAACAUGGUCACCACUUAAACUCUGUAAUAGAAGUUGUAGUGAUCUGAGCCGGGGGCAGCAAUAAAACACACCGUUACAUCCUAUUAUCUCUAAUCAUUAUCCUAUUGCUAAAUGGCUGUAAAAAUAUAUUUAACUGUUCAGUGCUCAGUCCUCUCAGCUGUUAGCAGGUUUAUAAUGUGUGUCGUGUUGUAUGCAUGUGUGUAAAAGUGGAAGCAAAAUAUUGGGUUAGAGUCAAGGCCAAGACUUUGAAUGCAACUGAGGUUACCAAGUUGAUGACUUAGUGCAUUUAAUGCUGCUUUGUAACGCAAAGUCUUCUGAACUUUAUAUAUCUAACUUUAAGUUUUUUUCACCCAUAAAAACAAUAGCUGACACUUCUUGUUUAAAUCUCAGUUUUUCACAAAUAAGUGUCAUAUUUAUUGUGCCAUUAUCAUUAUUAGUGAGUCCCUAUUGGUUUACUUGAAUGUUUUUAUAAUGAACUUUUCAUGUCGUUUUUUAAGCAUCAAUCAAUGUCUGACAGCAGUGGCUGUCAGUGCAACACACAUCAGGGUUACUUUUAUUUUCACUUUGUAGAGAGCACGACUUUAACAGUCAAAUGCUUUCAAUCAGCUGUCAGUCUGCAGUUGUUGUGACUUGCUUAUCUGCCUCUCCUCUGUAUAAAAAGCCUCAUUAUUUUCCAUAUGGUCGCAGCAUGUGUCCAUGGAUCUGUUCAUGGGUCUCCCGCAGACCUUUCUCCCACGCAGUCAGAGCAAGCCAGGGCCUACUUGUCAUUGAGCAGUGACCACGUGGUGGCACUGUAGCUACAGUAUCCUGUUACUGAGGCAGGUGUUAAAGGCUGAGAUAUGGACUGCUUUUAUUUAGAGCAGUUUUAUAACAUUAUGGUGAGACAGUGAAACAGAGAACUCUGCAUAAGGGAUUGUUUCUCCCUUAUUGGUUCAUUCAGUGGUAUUUAGGCAUCUGUUGCUCUUCAUUAGAGUACCUCAGGUGACAAUUAAAGGUCAGAAUGUUGCUAUGUAAACCAGUAAUUGUGUCACUGCAGCUCGCAGGUCUUGAUCACCUUUGGAGAGAGAUAGCACCUGUGUAAAUGCUCUCCCUCAAUGCAGUAUCACUUACUAGGUCGUUCUAUCAGUUACAUGACGAAGACUUAAUUUUGUGAAUACACAUGUCCAUAUGCAGUUACUGUAAAUUGUACUGUCAGCUAUGUGUAUGUGUUGAAUAUGAAAUGAUGUAUGAACUGUAAAGUGUAUUUAUUAAAUUACACUGAGGAAAAUAUUUAUCUUUUUUUCAACCAGCAAAAUGUUACCUCUAUUAGUUCAGUAUGGAUUUCACUGUUUGUCUUUGUCCUGUCUUUGUUCAAGUGUAUAAAAUGUAAUAAAUCUCAUCAUUCCCAAAAGA